AUCAGUGACGUAGCCUAAACUCAUUACAUUUGCGGUGAGCAGUGUAGCAGCAGCGUUCAGCUGUAAUGGAUAACUGUACUGGUCCCUCACAUUUUAUUUUUAUCUCUAUACUGUUGUAUUGUGUAUGUGGGCUUUCAUUUGGUACUGAACUUAGUUUUGUGACGUGCGGUUCAGUCGUGAAACUAUUGAAUGUAAAGCAUAAUGUGAGACUUCACUCGCAUGACGUGCGCUACGGUUCUGGUAGUGGACAGCAGUCGGUGACAGGAGUCACCACCGUAGAGGAUAGUAAUAGUUACUGGAGCUUGCGUGGCACUAUUGGCGCCAUGUGCCACCGUGGGACCCCUGUCAAGUGUGGCCAGACCAUCCGCCUGACACAUGUCAACACAGGGAGGAACCUUCACAGCCACUACUUUACCUCCCCACUUUCCUCCAAUCAGGAGGUGAGUGCGUUUGGUGAGGACGGGGAGGGGGACAACCUUGACGAGUGGACGGUCCAAUGCGGGGGCUCCGUGUGGCAGCGUGAAGAGGCCGUCCGCUUCCUCCACACCGCUACCGAGGCUCUGCUGUCAGUGACAGGGGAGCAGUAUGGGCGACCCAUCCACGGACAGAGGGAGGUACACGCCAUGGCAGGCUCCAGCCAGCACAGCCUGUGGAAGGCCAUGGAAGGAAUCUACAUGAAGCCUAGCGAGAGCCCGCUAGGUAGCAGAGACUACAGCCAUCCUCAACACACAGAGUUCUGAACCUGACCCCCUCCCCCACCCCCCCCUCCGCUACCCAGUUAAUGCUGCCUCUUGUCUUCCGGUAUUCUUUCUUUCUCUUUCUCUCAACUGCUUAAAUCCAUCUUUUCUCUGUCCUGCUUUUGUUUUGGCUCUGUUUCCUUUCCUUCUCCAUCAUCCUCCCUUUUUCUUUUUUGAGGACACAUUUGCGCACAAGUGCCAAAGUGUAUCGAGGUAUGGUUAUAAUUUGUCUCGAGACCCAUACCUGGGUACACACAGGAUUGAUACACUAAAGACUGAAUCAUAACCCAACCUCAGGGCGACAGAUCGCCCUGUACCCCCCUCUGACUGACGAAGAAACAGGAAAUGACCCGAUCUGGCCAUUCAAGCCUAUAAACACAGUACAUAUGAUGUCACGGGUGCUAUAUUACCAUGUCUUAUGUUCUGAUAUUUGUACAGUGUUUGUUACAGUACAUAUGACUGAGUUAUAGUGUCUUAGAAGGGAAGAGUAGAAUGGAAUGUAUUGAACUUAUCUCCAUAUGAAUGUUCAUAUCACCACAACAGACAUAUUGUAGAGAUAGUUUAUAUAUUGGACUGUGACAGUAUGUGUGAUUUUGUGAUUGUGACUCUUAUUAGUUUUGGGAAAUGAGUACCAACUCUGUUCCCAUGUAAUCCUGACAAAUAGACUAGUAGCAAAACAGCAUUGUUACACUGGUGCCUUUAUUAUAUUGUAAGGACAUGCGGUUUGCAUUAUAAACAAGCAAUGGUUUUAAUAAUUGAGGGGCACUUGAUCAUAGAAACUGAUCAACUGUAAUAAUUACAUUCAGAUUCAGUAUUACACACACAGGACAUUCUGUACAUUGAAUAAGCUGAGACAAAAAGCCUGCCUGUUUUCUGUGUACAUCGCAGUAUUAUCUGUCACACUGCCACAGCUGUCAGGCAGCUAACAUGGACACCUCAUUACCGCAGACAGACUUAUGUCAUGGCAAUCUCUUCCUCUGCGGCUGUAGGUGUCUCUUGCCCCAGGUGGGAGGGCAGUGUUUUAAGUUUUGGAACAAUGCUGUUUUCACUUUGUAUAAAAUGUAACUGAUACCUCAGAAUAAAUAUGUUUUGCGCAUCCUA